CUAAUCAUAUGUGUCAAUAACUCAAGUUUUUGAAAAAUGGUUACGUUCUCAACUAAUAUUAUUUUAUGCGUUUAUAUGAUUUCCAAUUACGCUUUUGGCAUAAUCCAUGUCAUUUUUCUUAACUCAUCUCAAGUCCCAUAUGGCUAGAAUCAAACAUAUUCAUCUAUUCGUUUUCGUAUUAGAUUCAUUCAACAAACUCACAUGAUGUCACGUUUCGCAGUCGCCUUUAUUAGACACACCUUUAUUAGACCUAAUUAGACUCAUUGACUCCUGUUUAUGAUCUGGAAUAUCUUUACUCCUCUUGCCUCGUUUUUUCAUGGAGUCCCACAUUUCCAUUCUCCUUUGCAAUCUCCCAACAGACGUGAAUCCCACUACUCCAAAAGCAUGUUCAAAAUAAUUAAAACAAUAAAGAACCAAGCUUAACUACCAUCUAAUCCACCACCCCUCUCUACAUUAUCACCCUCUAAGCAACCUCCCUAAUCUCCUAAUUCCCUCCCUCUCUCUCAAUUUGGUACACCACCAAAAGUAUUACAUAUAUCCACAACCAAACACUCCGUUGCCAAAACAUUAUUAUCAGAAAGCUCAAAAUGAAAGCAUUAGUUGCCUUCAGAACCAAGCUUCUCACACCAUGCAGGAAAUUCCUUCGAAUCUUCAGGCUAAAGCUCAGAAAACCCCUCUCUAUAAAGCCCCUCAAAGCCCUCCGUUCUGCUCGUCCUCAUCGUCGUCGUAGCGUCACAUCAGCACCACCCACUUCCUUCCUCUCGCUCUUCCGUAGUCGUCGCCAUAGAAAGAUGGACAGGGUCAUGGAGCUCAGGAGUGCUGUGUCUGAGGCAGAACUGGGGGACAGGAGGAGAAACCUAUUAACUUCUCCGGUCACCCCGGCUUACAUCAAGGCCUUGAGGUUCGGAAGCCGGUUUGGGGAUGAAGCGGUCGAAGAUGCGUGCAGAAGCUUCGAGAACUACUUGGUGGAGAUGAUUGUGGAGGAAGGGAAGAUGAGGGACCUGAUGGAUGUUGAGGACCUUCUCUAUUGCUGGAAGAGCCUCAAGUGUCCUGUCUUCAUUGAUCUGGUCUGCACUUUCUAUGGUGAGCUCUGCAAGGAUUUGUUUGCUCCCGAUCACAAUGAGAUCGAAAUUCACACGACCAGUUCGUCUGGGUAGUGCCAAUUCUUUCCUUCUUUUUCUCCAUUUCUUCUGCAUCAACUACUUGUUACUCCCUAGUCAAAUCAUGCUGUGUUCUCAAAGCAAUUUUUUUACUG